UUAUCUUCAAGUGACCUUCCCUCUUGGAGCUUGCGCACUCUCACUCUUGGUGAUCCUACUCCAUGUUGCAUAUACCUACGCAGUGUCCCGCAAGAGCAUCGCCUACAAACUUUUACCCGAUGAUGUAUUCGAAGACCAACCUCGCAGAGGGCCACAGGAAGAGGAGAAUAUACAGGAGACAGUGCAAGCGCACCAUUCUCAGUUCGAGGUCAAUCGCCCUCGGGGCCAAUUUGUCUUCAUAGCGGUCGAGGUAUUGGCGCUGCUGGGAGAAAUCGCCGUUUUCACUGCGGUUCUGGUCACUCAUGGCUGGGGAAACCGUGGAUCGCUUCCUGCAGUGGCCGGAUUGAUAUCCUGGGGUUAUAUUCUGUUCUUGGUGCUGGUCAGAUUGUUGCUUUCCGCCAGGGAUCUCCAUUCGUUCCCCAGGCUGUGGAACCACACAGCCAUCCUGUACGGCCUGCAGUGGUUGUUCUCCGUGUUUUCUUUCCGCUCUGCCAUUAUCCAUCCUGCGUCGAAACGCGCUCUUUUAUACAGUACUCUUGAAUUCUGCCUAUGUACGCUACUGCUACUUAUCGCUCUUACCAGUCGCAGAGGGAAUAAGCCAGUCUUGGUCCAGCACGAGGAUGACUUGGAGCCUCCACGCCACCCGACCGCCAGCUUGCUGUCUCUGGCGACUUUCUCUUGGUUCGACCCCCUUAUUUUCAAGGGCUAUAGACAGGCCCUCGAGCUUGAGGAUGUCUGGAAUCUAACCUUGUCCCAACAAGCGGCCAAUGUUCUGGACGACUUCCGACGGAAGCAGACAAAGGGCACUCUUGUAUGGAAGCUAGCGCGUUAUUUCUACGGCACCAUCCUGUUGCAAGGAGCGUGGACCGUGUUCUCAAACCUGUUCACCUUCCUGCCCACCCUCCUUCUCAAGGCAAUCCUGGAAUACGUUGAAGACCCAAGGUCGACGACGCCCAAUGCUGCCUGGCUCUAUGCUAUACUGCUGUUCUGCUGUGGAGUCGUUCAGGGUACUUGUGAUGGGCAAGCUCUUUGGAUGGGGCGGAAAUUGGGGGUGAAACUCCGUGCUAUCAUUAUAGGCGAGAUCUACGCCAAGGCCCUGAGACGCAGGGCUGGGGCCUCCAUUGAUUCUUCCCGGGGUGCGACAGAGGAACCGCCGAAGAAGCAAGGGAAUAAAAGGAGGAUUCUCUCAUUUUAUCGCAAGAAGAAGGCGGCGCUCAGAUCGGAGACAGAUCUCGGAAACAAGAAGGACCCGGAGACUGACGCAACUUCUGCCCAGGCCAAUAUAGGAACCAUUGUUAACUUGAUGGCCAUAGAUUCAUUCAAAGUCAGCGAAGUAGGCGCGUAUCUCCACUUCCUAUGGGCGAGUGUGCCCGUCCAGGUCAUCAUGGCCGUCACCUUGCUGUAUCGGAUCUUGGGAUUUAGCUCAUUCGCUGGUAUUGCACUGAUGGCGCUCAUGCUCCCAGUGAAUCUUCUCAUUGCCAGGCAAUUUAGGAAGAUACAGAACCAGAUCCUGGCAAGCACUGAUGCUCGGAUCCACGCCACGAAUGAAGUCCUUCAAAAUAUCCGAAUCAUUAAAUAUUUCGCCUGGGAACGACGGUUCGCGGAUAUUGUGAAUGAGAAACGUGAUGCGGAAUUGAAAGCCUUGCGCUUCCGCUACAUUCUCUGGUCCACCGCAGCGACGGUGUGGUAUGGAACACCCAUCCUCAUCACUUUCACCUCGUUCUUUCUGUACACGGUUGUUGAGAAGAAGAGCCUGACCCCGUCCAUUGCCUUUCCCGCUUUGUCAAUGUUCUCCCUACUUCGUGUUCCUUUGGAUCAGUUGGCGGACAUGGUUGCACAUGUCCAGGAAUCAAAGGUCUCUUUGGAUCGAGUAGACAAAUAUUUGAACGAGGAUGAAACGGAGAAAUACGCCCAGCUGCGUGAUAGCAAUAUCUCCGGGGAGCCUCCCAGGAUUGGACUGGAAAGAGCCACUCUCAGCUGGGGCGCCUCCAAACGGCUCUACCAGGAUAGCCUGGCGUUUGAUGCCAACAAUGCUUUCCGUCUGAUCGAUGUAGACGUGUUGUUCCAUAUUGGAAAGCUGAAUAUCAUCGCAGGUCCGACUGGUUCAGGCAAGACGUCUCUUCUGAUGGCCCUCUUGGGUGAGAUGAGUCUCCUGGAAGGAAGCGUCUACUUGCCAGGGGGAGCGAUAGACAGAGCAGACCUCCCAGUUGAUCCCGCAACGGGGCUUAUGGAGAGCGUCGCCUACUGCGCACAGGAAGCAUGGCUAGUCAAUGAUACUAUCAAGGAAAACAUUGUGUUCGCUUCUCCCUUCGACCAAAGACGCUACGAUGCAGUGGUACGAGCAUGUGCAUUGGAGCGUGAUUUUGCCAUCCUCGACGCCGGUGACCAGACCAUGGUUGGGGAGAAGGGCAUUAGUCUUUCGGGUGGUCAGAAACAACGGAUAUCCCUUGCUCGUGCUAUUUAUAGCAGAGCCCGGCAUCUUCUUCUCGACGACUGCCUUAGUGCAGUAGACUCCCACACAGCUAAACAUAUCUUCAGGGAAGCACUUACGGGCCCGCUGAUGCUUGAUCGCACCUGUAUCCUGGUUACUCAUAACGUUGCUUUGGCAGUACCCCAAGCUGAUCUUGUUGUCGUGCUUGACAAUGGAAAGGUUGUGGCCCAGGGUUCUCCAGACGACGUUGCGGCUUCUGGUGCCUUGGGGGAAGAACUCCUGAAAUCACAACCGACUUCCAGAGCCGGAUCCCGCCACCUCUCUCGCGUGCCCUCAGAUCUGGAUGAGCACCAGCCAGCGGACCGAUCCCCUGCAGAUGGUAGACCGAACGAGACAGCGGAAGCUGGCUCUACCCCCAAUGGACAGCAGAAGAAGAGCCCCCAACCUCAGUUAGUUGAGUCGAAGGCGAUUGGGAGCAUUAAAUGGUCGACGGUCCUGAUGUACCUCCAUUCUAUGGGCUCCUGGUACUACUGGAUUGCAGCCGUUCUCGUCUUUUGCUUGCAGCAGGUGGGUUCAGUGUCCACAAACGUCUGGAUCAGACAGUGGGCAAACGCCUAUGGUACGGAAGAGACCGGCGCGACAGAUGAUGGAGCCGCGGAUGCUGGUACCUAUGCCGCCGUUGCGAAUUUCAAGUUCCCAUCCUUCAAUGUUGCAGGUGUACCGCGGACGACAACUUGGACAGCUACCCAGCUCAACACACAACCUCCUGCUGCUGCUGACACGAACGUUAACGUUGCCUACUAUCUCGGAGUCUAUGCUCUUCUCGGGCUUGCCUACGUGAUUAUUUCACUGUCAAGGGAGGGCGUGCUCUUCUGGGGCUCGCUGCACGCCUCCCGGAAGAUCCAUACGCGGUUGCUGAAUGCCAUUCUUCACGCAAAAUUCAAAUUUUUCGAUUCGACUCCAUUGGGCCAGAUGAUGAAUCGGUUCUCAAAGGAUGUCGAGGCCGUUGACCAGGAAGUCGCCCCGGUAGCGAUCGGCAUGCUUCAUAGCUUGGCGUCGGUUAUCAUGAUCGUGGUUCUCAUCUCGGUGAUCACGCCAGGAUUUUUGAUUGCGGGAAUCUUCAUUACCCUGUUAUACUCCGCGCUUGGCGCAGUCUACAUAAACUCCUCACGAGAUUUGAAGAGACUGGAGUCUGUUCAGCGGAGCCCACUGUAUCAGCAAUUCGGCGAGACACUGAAUGGUAUUGUAACUAUCCGCGCGUAUGGCGAUAGGUCGCGGUUCGCCACGGACAAUCAUCGGCGGAUCAAUUCGUACAACCGGCCACACAUAUAUCUCUGGGCCAGCAACCGAUGGCUUGCAUUCCGUGUCGAUAUGACUGGUGCCAUGGUCAGCUUCUUCUCGGCUGCCUUUGUGCUUUUGAAUAUCGGCAAAGUUGAUGCUGGUGCUGCUGGGCUUUCACUGACUUAUGCCGUUACUUUCACGGAGAAUAUAUUGUGGCUUGUUCGACUCUAUGCCGAUGUGCAACAAAACAUGAACUCAGUUGAGCGAGUGAACGAGUAUCUUGAGGUCGAGCAGGAGGCGAACCCGGUCAUCCCUGAUUCAAGACCACCGGCUGAUUGGCCUAGCCAAGGCGCGGUGAAAUUUGUCGACUAUACCACUCGCUACCGGCCCGAUCUAGAUCCUGUCCUAAAGGGAAUCUCUUUUACAGUGCAGCCUGGAGAGAGAGUUGGCAUUGUCGGUCGCACUGGCGCGGGUAAGAGCUCUCUUGCACUUGCGCUUUUCCGUGGCCUCGAAGCAGAAAAGGGACAGAUCAUCAUCGACGGCAUAGACAUCAGCACCAUCGGACUCCGGGACCUGCGAGAAGCCAUUACGAUAGUCCCCCAGGAUCCCACACUUUUCACAGGUACCAUCCGCAGCAACCUGGACCCCUUUGAAUUGUUCACGGACGAAGAGAUCUUUACAGCCCUCCGUCGUGUCCACUUAAUCGGUUCUGGUACUUCUGGGACGACGACCCCGGCAACUCCGAGUACGCUGACUGUUGUGGAUCCCAUCCCGGUUACGAAUGGCGUUAAUGGCAACACGAUUGUGAUAUCGGACAACAAGAACGUCUUUCACAAUCUGCAGACUCCAGUCUCCGAGUCUGGCUCGAAUCUUUCGCAGGGUCAACGACAACUUCUUUGCCUCGCGCGGGCUCUCCUUAAGAAUCCUCGAGUUCUCAUGAUGGACGAGGCUACCGCAUCGAUCGAUUAUGCUACCGACAGUAAGAUCCAGGAUACUCUCCGCGAAUUGAAGGAGAGUACCAUCAUCACGAUUGCACACCGGCUGCAAACUAUUAUCGACUACGAUAAGGUGCUGGUGCUGGAUCAUGGCAAGGUCAUCGAGUUUGACCAUCCCUGGACAUUGAUACAGAAGGAGGGCGGUGUCUUCCAGAGCAUGUGUGAGAACAGUGGUAACAUGGAGACUCUGCUUGAUGGCGCCAAGAAGGCAUGGGAACAGAAGCAGCUUGUUGAUGUUUCCUAGAUCCCCAUGGAUGCCUUCCAGGGGAGGGAAAGAAAAGGAAAAGAAAGACAUAUAGAGAAAAAGAAAGGUAAAACCAAAAUAUGAUUGCUUUCUACGUAACCAUAGCUGGCGGUUAAUUGGUUUAUUAUUUUGUACCUAGCAUCGGUUAUCAUUAUAGUUCUUCUACCAGACUCUGUCUGGCUUGUUUAUAGUCAUCCCAUUGAAUUACAGCUAAUUUAUCAAUGGAAUCCUGAACUCAG